AUGGCGGUGGCCUCGCCGAGGGAACCGUUUCAGGGUACUGUGACCUUUGAAGACGUGGCCGUGCACUUCUCCUGGGAGGAAUGGGGUCUCCUUGAUGAGGUUCAGAAGCGCCUGUACCAUGAUGUGAUGUUGGAGAACUUGGCACUUAUUACCUCUCUGGGAUGCUGGUGUGCAGCAAAGGAUAAGGAGGCAACGUCUCAACGGAGCAUUUCUGCACAAGGAUUGUCACAGGUUAGGACUCCCAAGGCUCAUCCUUCUCCCCAGAAGGCCAACCCCUGUGGGAUAUGUGGCCUGGUCUUGAGAGACAUUUUGCACUUGGUUGAGGGAUCACAUCAUGGGCAGAAACUGUACAUGGAUGGGGCAUGUGAGAAAUGGUUACAAUUCACUACAUACCUUCAUCAGCACCAGAAGCAGCACAUUGGAGAGAAAGGCUUCAGAAGCAACAUGGGCAGAGACUCCUUUCAGAACAGCUGCAAAUUGCAAGUAUCCUGGAAGCCCUUUACCUGCAGAGAGUUUGGGAAGGAUUUUCUGGCCAGCUCCGGAUUUCUCCAGCAACAGUUUACUCAUACUGGGGAGAAGUCAAAUAGCAGAACUGAGAGUACAGUGGCCUUUCACAGUGUAAAAAGUCAUUACAACUGGGGAGAAUGUAUGAAAGCUUUUAGCUACAAACACACACUUGUUCAGCACCAGAGAGUCCUCAGUAGGGAAAGAUGUUACAAGUGCAAUGAAUGUGGCAAAUUUUUUAGCACAAUCUAUAGCCUCAGUGAUCAUUUGAGAGUUCACACUUCAGAAAAGCCUUAUGAAUGUGGGGAAUGUGGGAGAUCCUAUAGGCAGAGUUCUAGCCUCAUUACACACCAAAGAGUUCACACUGGAGUAAGACCUCAUCAAUGUGGUGAAUGUGGAAAAUUAUUUAGCAGGAAAUAUGACCUCAUUGUACAUCAGAGAGUUCACACUGGUGAAAGGCCUUAUGAGUGCAGCAAAUGUGGGAAAUCCUUCAGCCAUAGCUCUAGCCUCAUUACACACCAGAGAAUUCACACUGGAACAAGACCUUAUGAAUGCAGUGAGUGUGGGAAAUCCUUUACCUAUAGCUCUAGCCUCAUUACACACCAGAGAGUUCACACUGGAACAAAGCCUUAUAGGUGCAGUGAAUGUGGGAAAUCCUUUAGCCAGAGCUGUCACCUCAUUAAACACCAGAGACUUCACACUGGAGAAGGGCCUUAUGAGUGUAGUGAAUGUGGGAAAUUUUUUAGCUAUAGCUCCCGUCUCUUCCAACACCAGAGAGUUCACACUGGAGUAAGAUCUCAUGAGUGUGAUGAAUGUGGAAAAUUAUUUAGCAGGAAGUUUGACCUCAUUAUACAUCAGAGAGUUCACACUGGAGAAAGGCCUUAUGAGUGCAGUGAAUGUGGAAAAUCCUUUACCUGCAAAUCCUACCUCAUUACACAUUGGAAAAUUCACACUGGAGCAAGGCCUUAUGAGUGUGGGGAAUGUGGGAAAUCAUUUACCCAUAGCUCUACACUCCUUCAACACCAGAGAGUUCACACUGGAGAAAGGCCUUAUGAGUGCAAUGAAUGUGGGAAAUCCUUUAGCCAGAGCUCUAGUCUCAUCAGACAUCGGAGAAGUCACACAGGAGAAAGGCCUUAUGUGUGCAGUGAAUGUCAGAAGUCGUUUAGCCACCACUCUAGCCUCAUUAAACACCAAAGAGUUCAUACUGGAGAAAGGCCUUUUGAGUGCAAUGAAUGUGGAAAAUCCUUUAGCCAGAGCUCUAACCUCAGUGAUCACCAGAGAGUUCACACUGGAGAAAGGCCUUAUGAGUGUAAUGAAUGUGGGAAGUCCUUUACCUUCAAUUCUAAUCUCCUGAAACACCAGAAUAUUCACAAGGGAUAAGGACCUUUAGGUAACACAGGUGGGGCUGUCAUAGACUGAAAAGUCUCUAUAGUAUUUAUAUAUUCAGUUGCUAACCCCCAAUGUAGGUGUGUUUAUAGAUAGGGCCUUUAAGGAGGUAAUUACAGUUAAAUGAGGUUAUAACGGUGGGGCCCUAAUUAAAUAUGAUCGGUAUCUUUAUGAGAAGAAGAAAAGACACCAGAGGGCUGUCUUUGCCCAUUUACAGAGGAAAUGUCAUGUGACAACACAGCAUGAAGACAGUCUGCAAGUCAGAAAGAGAGCCCUCACCAGAUCCUGACCAUGCUGAUGUCCUGACCUCAGAAUUCCACCAUCCAGGGCUAUGAUAAAAUAAAUUUUGUUGUUUAGGCCACCCAGUCUAUGGUAUUUGAUUGUGGCAGCUUGAGCUGACUAAUAUUGUGGUUUAUGAGUGAGUAAAAAUGGAGAGUGACAGCAUCGCAGCUACAUUCAAGGUGCCCCAGAAGGAUAGAAGAGAAGGAACAUUUUCCCAGUGGAUGGAUCUAUGAGCUGUUUGUCUAUUUUGUGUGGAUGAAUUAGUAUCCCAAGAUGACCAUAUAUGUAAAAUUUAUGUAAGCCAAAUUUCCAACAUAUCUUGGGCUCAACUAAAUUCUCUCAGUUCUUAGAACUCAGUGUCCUCUACUUACCACCUGUUGAGGCUCAUCUAUUCUUGGGUUCACAGAUACUUUUCUAGAUAUUUAUAUCAUUCUCAGUGAGUCAGCACCGCACCCUCCCGAUUGAGCCACGGGCUGGCCCCUAUAUCAUUCUCAGUGGGUAACUCCAUUAAUCCAUAUUAAUUGCUCUGUAAUUUAGUUGCUACACAACUGUUUUCUAGAUGUAAUCUCUAGAAUCCUUGCAGACACUAUCACUGCACUUACGGGUGAAAUGAUAACCACUUCCCAGAAAGGAGGUGAGAUCAUGGGAUCUCAAACCUUUAUUUCAGGGUUCAGAUUCCCACUUUCCACACCUGCAUGAAUUCCAUCAGCCACUGUUCUGGCAGCAAAUGUGACCAUUCUCAGAUAAGUGCCACAUUCUUGGAAUAGACUACAUCUCAGAAAAUUCAGUAAGAAAUGUUAUAUGGUAAAGCAAUUCUGGGGUUGGAACACAAAUACAGAGAUGCAUAAGGGUCAUAUUCUGAGGGACCCAGAGGCAUGGUGCUACCUCAUCUACUUGCUUUUGGGCUACCUACACUCUCCAUAUUUCCUCUUAAAGCCUUUGUUGGUUACUCCUCUCAUGGCUGACCACAUACACUGAAACUCACCUCUACUCUAAGAGCUUCAUUCCACACGAAGCAAGAAUACAAUGAUUUACUCAGCAUUUGGAUGGACAUUGAGCAUCUCUGUAGCGAUUGUUGGUAUGCACAUUUCUUAGGUUACUUGUGAUUGGUUUUCAGAUGGAAUCCUUAAGACUAUUUUACUAACAUGUCUCUGAUGAAUGCAAGAAAUAGGUAAUGCAUAAUUGAAUUUCCCCUUUUCAU